GGGGAGAGCCGGCGCUGCGCCUUUGCGCACGGGCGCAUCUGCUCCCGGGAGCGCUGGGGGUGGCAGCCCGGGCGCUGGGAGCCGGGGGUGGCUCCGGCCCCCGCCCCCCAGCUCCUUCUCCCACCGCCACGUGACGGGGCUGGGCCCAAGGAGACGCCCACCGCUGUGGGUGGGAGGAAGGGGCCCGGGACUGGGACACCUGCCCGUGGCAGCAGCCGGCAGAGCAGCCUCGCUCCCUGCCGGCCGCCCGCCCGCCCCUCUCCGGAGUCCCGCGGCGCCCGCCGGGGCUGGAUGUGCCGCGGGAGCCGGGCGCGGAGGCGGCCUCGGGUGUCACGAGCGGCUCCGGCCUCAGCAGCAGCUCCACGUGGGCGGCCCCGUCGCAGUCAGGAUCCGAGCUGACAGCGGCGGGGGGGGGACUGCACCGGGGCGGCCGCCGCCGCCUCCUCCCAUGGACCUGUCCGGGUGCCAGCCCUCGCCGCCGCUCGCAUGCUGAUGUGAGGCUGCCCAGGGGGGUGUCCUGAGCUCCCUUGCUGCCUCCCCCCCCCGGCCCCAGCCCCCCCAGAUGCAUUCGCUGCUGGAUCGCAAGAAGAAAGCAGGCGGCUGCGUGGAUGCUGGGCUGGAGCUGCCGGCUGCAGGUUCCCUUCCCCAGCCUCAGAGGAUGUUCAGCUGUGUGGGCUGCUUCUGGGUCCUCCUAUCCUCCUGCCUGGUGGCCGCCUGCAGCUUCAGCUUCCUCUCCCCGGCCUGGAUCGUGAAGGAGCAUCUCCUCCAAGCCCACGGCGGGGUCAGCUUCGGCUUGCUGUGGCACUGCUCGGAGGCGCUGGAGCAGGUGUCCAGCUGCUACGCCUUCGGGGGCCUGGGCACGUUCCACGAGAUCCCCUCCAGCGCCUGGCAGACGAGUGCAGUGCUGUGCUCUGGAGGCUGUGCCCUCUUGGCCAUCAGCUGUCUGCUGGCGAUCAUCGCUAUAUUCCUGCCCAGCGGGCUCUGUGAGAGACGAGUGUGCACCCUGGCUGGCUACAUGCAGACAGCAGCGGUAUUCAUCAUGGCGUCUGGACUUUUGGUUUAUCCUUUCGGUCUCAGCUCUGCUACAGUGAAGAAAUUCUGUGAGAAUUCAAGCAUAUACUAUGCAGGAGACUGCCAGAUUGGAUGGGGGUACAUGUUGGCAAUUGUUGGAGUCAUGUUAUCUGUCUUUUUACCAUUCUUUGCAAAAUAUGCACCAAAAGAGCACAUAUCUCCAACUCCAAUACCUACUAUUUUAUAGUAUUUUAUUAGUAUUUAACAGCAAAACAUUCCUGUCAAUCAAUGGGCAGAAAGUAUUAUAGCACUUCCUUUUAGCUGUAUGGCUAAAAAAAAAAAAAAAAAAAGGAGAGCGAGAGAGGGAGAUAGAGGGUCAGAAUCACAAAGACCAAAAGUGCACUGAUAGUCUUCCGUAAGCAUGAGAAGCUAACACUCUGGAAUUGAAAUAAGACUAAUUAGCAGCCUGUACGCUGCUCUAAACUUAUAAUGGCUUAAUGCCUUAGUCAAAAAAUCUGUUUAUCCUCAAAACAUCUGUCUACCUCCCAAACAAUUUAUUUUAUGUCUCAAAACAGUAAAUCUGUUAAAAGCCUCAGUUCUCUUUUAUAUGUUAUUAAAUGUCAGAAGUUUUAUGAACCCAAUAAUUUUAAAUCUGAUAAUGAUAUUUUGUUAUAGUUAUUAUGAGUGGGGGGAAAAAGCCUGCUAGAAACCAGAGCCUAAAAUGAAGCUUAUCUAUGAAAAAAGAUGUAUGCAACAAAAAGUGCUUUUGUUUGUUUGUUUUUAAUCAAUGCAUGUUAGGAGUGUGCCUGAAUACUGUAGUUUGUAGGCACAUGUUUUAAUACUGGUCUAACAAUUGGGAAGUAUAGCCUCCAUAGUGAUUGCUAUACAUUUUAGCUAACUUUUUGCUAAAGAGAUCUAACCUUUUCAAAAGGCCCAAUACUAAAAUAGCUUAAAAAGGAGAAAAAUAUAUUAAGAGGAAAAGUGCAUUUGUUUUACCGUAGUUCUUAGAUUAUUAUUUUGCAUGGAAUUGUAUACAAUUAUUUCUAGUUUAGGGGUUUUUAUAAGCCUGUAAGGUAAAAAAUUCAUUUACAAAACAUACGUGUCCAAUGGCAAAGGUACCUGUGCGCAUUUCAUCAUGAUGCAAGGCAGAAAGGGCCAGAGUAUGAUGGCCUUACUUAUGCUGAUUAGAAUCUUGCUCCAUGUGAAUGUGAUUUCUUGUGGAGUAAAAUACUACUCAGUGUGAGUAUAUGGCAGACUCUGACUCAAUAUCAUCCAAUGUAAUGUUGACUAGAAAAAUGUCACAUCUGAUGGAUAUUUUUUGUGUGAAAUUUAUGAAGUCUAGUUCCAGGAAUGGCAUUUUUGGUUUCAUUACCACCAAGGAUUCAAACAAAUGCACCACAUGCCUUAAAAAAAAGAAUGAUUGGGUUCUAAUAUUACUCCAUUGCCAUAUUUCUCCUUUAAAAUUACAGUAAAAUUCCCAUCCAGUAUCUAGGUCAUGAGGAUGUUAUUUAUUUUUAAUAUUUACUAGUAAGGAACUGAACCUCUUAGAUUAUAUUUUAAUACUGAACCUUACUUUUCUGCUUUUUAUUUUGUCCUGUGAACCAACUGAUCAAAUCUAUUAUCUUUGUUAGUAGUAUGCAGUGUUGUUGUAGCCAUUUGGUCCCAGGAUAUUAGAGACAAGGCGGGUGAGGUAAUACCUUUUAUUAACCCACCUUCUGUUGGUAAGAAAGACAACCUUUCAAGAUUACACAGAGCUUUGAAAGAAGAGCUGAAGAAGAGCUCUAUGUAAGCUCAAAAGCUUGUCUCUCUCACCAACAAAAACUGGUCCAACAAAAGAUAUUACCUCACACACCUCGUCUCUCUAUCUUUUUUGGUUAUUUACGGAAGCCGGAGUAAUGGUUAUUCCUGAAUUUCUUCUUUUCUGAAAAAUGUGUGUGAAGGGACAGAUAGAGAAAUGUUGAGGAAAUAUAAGAAAAUGAGAACUGAUAGAACAAUCACUUUACUUUAUUCCAAUAUUUAUCAAAGAAAUACAAUCUUGUUUACAUUGUGAAGCCUUCUAAACUCAAAUUAAUUAAGCAUUACAUUAUUUUCUAAAGUAGCUGACUGUUACAUCAUCAUGAGCUCCAAAGGGCAAAUUAUGCACAUACAUUUAUAAUAUAAUUCAAUUACAUUAUUAAUGUUUAAAAAUGCAUAUUUCAAAUAAAGCAAAUAGAGAGAGCUCUAUGGUUUUUGUUAUAGAGAACUAAGGAAUGAAAUCUUUUAAAUAUUUAACAAAAAUGAGGCUGAAGGAAUUUCCUCUGCCCUCCUCAAGUAGGCAGAAUAGACUUCAGUCUUCUCUG